GCCACGAUGAGCGCACCAGAGCCAUCGCCCGCGUUCACCAUCGACUACCAGCCCCCUGGCUUCUACCCGCCCACCCCGGCCAGCGAGGACCUCCCCACCUCGCCCUCGUUCGCCGAUCCCAACGACAGCCAGGACCAGGACGCCCUCCUCGCCCGCGCCGCUCUCGAGCCCGUCACGACCCUCCCCUCGACCCUCGACACGGUCGAGCACGCCAUCGCCGGCGCCGCCAGUGGCCUCCUCGCCAAGGUCGGCGAGCUCGCAGGCGUGCCUGCCCCCGAGGUCGACGGCCUCGACGACCUCACCCGCAACCUCGAGCCGCACCACGACGACGACACGGCCGCAACCGGCAGCCCGGCGAGCGCCAAGACGCUCACUCUCGCCGGCGACGACUCGGCCCCGGUCGACGAGACGCACCGCCCCGAGUUCGGCCUCGACGCCGUCCGCAAGGAGCAGGACGACCUCGCCGCCUCGCCCGCUCAGCAGCUCGUCGCCGACGCCCAAGAUGACGACGCCGACGGCAAGCACACCGGCGCAAAGCUCGCGGCCGGCGGCGCAGGUGCCCUCGGCGGCGCCGCCCUCCUCGCAGGUGCUGCAGGCGCCAAGAACGAGGGCAACGAGGUGCGCGAGCCGACCGUCGAGGACGAUGCCGCCGAGCGCAACGGUCUUGUCGAGCCGACCCACGCCCAGUCGACGCCCACCUCGGCCGCGCCCGACUACGGCACGCCCGCCAUCGAGAAGGAGCAAGCCGCACUCGCCGCCUCGCCGGCGCAGCAGCUCCUCCGCGCCGACACGGCCUCGUCGUCCACCGCCAUCCACCGCGACGAGGCGGCCCUCCUCGCCGGCGCCGCCGGCGCCAAGCUCGGCGCCACGCACGAGGUCGAGGAGCCCGCCAAGGCGCCUGUCGACGUCGCGACCGACAAGGCCGUCGAGGCCGGCGCGGGCGUCCCGCAGAGCCCACACAGCGAGGCGCUCGAGCGCGAGAUCUCGGAGCCCGUCGCUCCGCUCUCGUCCUCCACCGCCGCCGCCGACUCGACCUCGCGCCCGUCGCUCCCGACCCCGCAUGGCUCGACCACGUCCUUCUCGGCCGACGUUCUCGCCGCCGGCGACGGCAUCCACACGCCGACCGAGGCGCCGGGUCCCGCAGCUGGCGGCUUCGGCAUGCGCGGCGACGGCGACAUCGUCGCGACCGACCACGAGCUUGACGAGGGUUCGGCGCGCGGGAUCGAGGGAGGCGACGUCGUGCACAACCCGGCUCCGGCGCUUCCUGCCCUUGCGGUCGUCGGCUCGGCUGCCGCCCUCACGCAAGAUGUGCCCAAGGACUUCCAGCCGUACACGCCGCCCGUCGCCGAGCCGACCCAGGCCAGCGUCGAGCUCCAGCAGGCGGCCGCGGUCCCUGUCCCCGUGACGCCCGCCGCCGAGCUUCCUCCGACCGCCGACCUCGCCCGUGUCGACUCGCGCUCGACGUCCCACACCGUCAUGCCGAGCACCGCCACGGGUGCCCUCGACCCGUCGGCGACGAGCGUCCCCGAGACGCUCAACGCGCAGAACCUCGACACGACGACGCCGGCCGUCCCCUCGCCGGCGCCGGCACCUGCGUCGCCCGGGAGCGAGCAGAUCGAGAUGGACGAGGCGCUCGACGAGGGUCCCGUCAUGGAGAAGCGGGACAAGGGCAAGGGCAAGGAGGUGCUCGGUGCGGCGGCGCUCGGAACGGCGGGCGUUGGGGCGGGCGUCGGCAUGAAGGAGCUUCUCGACGGCGACAAGCAGACCAACGCCACCACCGCCCACCCCGACUCGCUCGACGACCAGCGCGCGUUCCCCACCACCCCGCACAUGCUCGACUCGACCUCGCCCAUCGUCGCCGCCGACGGCGCGGCACCUCGCGCCCUUGACCCGGCGACGGCGGGCCACGGGCAGUCCGGCUCGGCCGCCGUCGCGGGCCCGACCGUCGCAGCCGGCGCGCAGGGCAUGACACCCGCCAUGGCCGAGCUCGCGCACCUGAGCGAGCCGGCGUCCGGCGCGCACGCGCCGCUCACGACCGAGCAGCCGCUCGUCGAGCAGCCCAUCUCGGCCGCCGAGUACGAGGACCAGAAGGAGGCGCACCGCGAGGGCGACGGUCACGGCGUCCCGCUCGCCGCGGCCGGCGCAGGCCUCGCCGGCAUCGGCGCCGGCGCGGCGGGCGCCAACCUCCUCGCUCGCCGCAACGAGCCGCACGCGCCCAUCGCGGUCGGCGCGCCGUCGGCGCUCUCGCCCGUCGCCGCCGCUCCUGUCGCUGCAACGCCUGUCCAGCCCGAGACGGUCGAGCCCGUCGCCGCGGUCCAGCCUGUCGCCGCCGCCGCCGAGCCCGUCGUGCACGAACCCGUCGUCGAGCACCCUCGCGCGGUCGAGCAGCAGCCGUCCGCCGCGCCGGUCGCUCUCGCCGCAACGCCUGCCGUCCUCGCUGCAGGUGCAGCUGCGCCUGCCGCAGCCACCAUCGCCGCCGUCGACGCCAACGAGCCGCAGCAGCAGCAGCAGCAGCAGCACCCGCCGCUCGACAACAAGCGCACGCCCGUGUCGCGCUUCACCGAGGAGACGUUCACGCCCUCUGCAACCGGUGCCGAGACGCCGUCGUCAACGCGCGCCGUCAUGGGCUCGCCGCCGACGUCGGCCGCCGCGACGCCGCUCCAGUCGACCACGCCGACCCAGUCGCUGUUCGAGGCCGGCAUCCUCGAGAAGAGCCCGCACAUGAAGAUUCAGACGCACAAGGUCGACGGCCACAAGCGCCUGCACCGCAAGAGCCUGUCGGGCGUCGUGUCGCCCGUCGGCAGCAUCUCGCGCCGCACCGGCUCGGGCGAGUCGCCGCGUGGCUCGCCGCGCCAGUCGGUCGAGACCGAGCGCGCCUUGCCGCAGCAGCAGCAGCAGCUCGGCGCAGCAAACGCCGCCGUGCCGGGCACCGUCGCGGUCGCCGGCGCGACGCCCAUGCUCGUUGGCGGCGGUCCGCAGGCGGGGCAGGUGCGCAGGGCGCCGAGCGCGGUCAACCAGGAGGGCAGGCGCGACCGCAUGGUCAACAACAUGGUCGGCGUCCAGGACCCGACCAUCGGCGGCUACGAUGCGCCCAACUCGGCCCGUUCGGCACCCGUCUCGCCGACCAUGAACGUCGCCCAGGUCUCGCCCAACGCCGGCGGCGCGCAGACGUACGCGGGCCUCCCGCCGACGGGCUCGGCCGCGGCCGUCUAUGCCCCGGGCACGGGCGCCGGCGCUCCUCCUCGUGCGGCUCAGCAGCAGCAGCAGUACUACGCGCCGCCGCCGUCGCAGCAGCAGCCGCAGUUUGCGCGCCCGCCGCCGCCCCAGCAGCAGCAGCAGGUCAUCCCUCCCCAGCACCAGCACGCCGUCGCGCAGCACCCGGUCGCCCACCAGCAGCAGCCGCACCACGCGCAGCAGAUCCCGACGCACAGCGCGACGACGACGACGGUCGACUCGCACGGGCGCGAGCACCGCAAGCUGCAGAAGAAGCACGCGCCGGCGGGCGCCGUCGGCGGCGUCAACGGCGGCGCGGUCGCUCCCGGCUCGACGGCGUCGUCCGAGGAGAAGAAGAGCGGGUUCCUGUCGCGUGUGUUUGGCGGCGGGAGCAAGUGAGCGAGUGGGAGGGACGACGAGGAGGUCGGAGCGCGAGCGAGCGAGCGAGCGAGUGUAGCCUUUUCCCUUCUUCGUCUCCGUUGUCGAUAGUUUCCCCCGCCGUCUUUUAUGCUAUCGUAAUGCGCCUCGCCGCGUC